AUGAGCAUGGCCGAACCUCCGCUGGUGUAUGUGUCGUUCAAGGACGACGAGGGCGGGGAAGCCGCAUACGCGCUGCAGCAACGUCUGUUGCAAGACAUUGCGACGCACCACCAACAGCACCAAGACCCGCGAUGCCGACGUAGACCCAGCAGUGACUUCUGCGUCUCCCUCAGUCCAUCCAACCGCAACCAUGAGCUUCUCGCAGACGCUGCCAAGCUGUCCAUCUCGCGUGCCGACCUCGUCGUUAUCCUCACAACACCCACCUAUGGUGCAGCAGACAGCGGAGCCCGCUUCAGCAGCCUGGAUGAGCUCAGGUUCAUCUACGGCACGAAGAAGACGUCCAUCGUGCUUGUGCACAUGUGCUCUGAGUUGCGUCACCCGUACGCCCGCUGCCUGUUCCGUCUCAUGGCACCCGCAGCCUCUGCGCUGAUGUGGGUGCCAACAGCAGACCGCGGUGUGCACACACCGCCCGAGCAACUCGUGCACACCAUCCGCGGGCUCGCCCAACUCCACGCUAAUAUGGACCGCCAGCCCAACAGCAACACAGGCGCCAUGGAUGACCACUACGAGGAACGCGCGGGGAACGUGGACCACGCGCUUGUGUCCGUUGAGGCCAGUGAGGAUGACUGUAAAAGUGCUGAUUCCCCUGAUGAUCCCGAUGCAGACGUCGAUGAUGAUGACGCCUUUGACAGCGACGACGUGUGUCAUCCGACAUUUCUCAACCGCUACACGUUGCGAGGGGUGCAGCCAGCUGCGCAUCACCGCCGCAGCAGCGGGUACAUCUCGGGUGGCCUGGUGGGCCACCAGGACAGCCACCCAUUGCCCAGAAUCACGUCCAGUGCGAGCGACACCCGAAUCAACGAGGUCGUUGCACACGCAGAGCCCACAGCGCAGCUGAUCGACACGUUGGAGGCGCUGAGGAAGAGCGUGGCCAACAUCAACGACGUCAUGAGCGAGUUGCAUGAGCUCAACAACUGCAUCCGCCGCCACGGCGCUGCGGUGCUGCCGCAUCUCGUCGUGGACUACCCUUCCAUUGACACCGUCACAGCCCUGAUGCUGGUGCACCCGGGCCACCACGACCUGCAGCGUGUGUGCUGCUCCAUUCUGCGUCACGUGGCUGCCUACCACCACCGCGCUGCCAUCUACAGCAACGUCCCUCCACCGGCCCCCAACGACGCUGUGCAGCGUGUCCGCGGCAUUCUGCAUCGCGUGUUGCUUGAGUUCCCCGAGGUGUGCCUCACCGCCAUGUGGACCUUUCAGGGCGACGCAAAGCUGCAGAAGCACGCCUGCCAGACACUGGAUGUUCUCGUGCACGCGCACGCCGACCACUGCAAGCGCGUGUUGCGUCACGGCGGUGUCUCUGCAGUUAUCAGCGCUAUGCAGAUGCACCCGCGCCAGCGUGGCAUCCAGCGUGCAUGCUGCCGGAUCCUCACGCGACUGCUCCAGGGUGGUCACCUGACCGCAUAUGAUGCGGUGGAAGACGGUGUGCUGGAAGUACUGCAGGAGACACUGCUGGCUUGCAUCAGCAGCAGCAGCAGCAACAACAACAACAACAAAGGCCACGAUGGCCAUAGUCGUGGUGGAGAGGUAACUGUGCUCAGCGCUGUGUGCAGGUGCGUCGACGCAUUGCUGCAAAGCGCGCAUGCCAACGACGACGACAACAACAACAACAACAACAACGACGACGACGACGACGACGGCAGUGACUGUGCCAGAGGUGGCGAAUAUGACAGUGACUUUGAUGAGGACGGUAGUAGUGUUGGACGUGGUGUUGGACAUGGUGAACGUCACCAGAAGGGAACAGCUCACCCUCGGCAUCGUCAACGUGGCGGACACCGGCAACUGAUUGGCGGCGACUGGGCACGCGACACGGCCCUGGCGAUGAUGAAGGCUGUGAUGGCCAUUGGUGAUCCAAGCCGUCCUGACCACAACUACAGUGCAGGCGCUUGCGAGCGGCUGUGGCUCAACGCACUCUCCGCUGUCACACGACUGCUGCCCCUUGCCCGACACCCCGCUGACAAGCACAACGACCGCGAAGGCGACGCUGGCCAUCAAGGCGUUCGGCACCAGCAACAACAGCAAAAAGCACUAACAACGGAACACCAAGAGGGUCCGCAGCCAAACCAACAACAGCAACAACAACAACAAGAUCACCACCUGCAGCGGCGCCAGCACCGCAGUCGCUCGGAGAUCCAUGGCGUUGUGCUCCACGAUGACGUUGGUGCCGCUGCUCGACACAUGGCGGCAAUGGCGGUGCGGCACUUUGCCGACAGCAUCAACACGGGCGUUCGGGACCGCGCAUACGACGUGCUCAGGCGCCUGCAUUAA